AUGACAACUCAUGGCCCUUCAAAUCAGCUCAAAGCUUGCAAACAAUUUCAUUAUGACACUAAAAGAGGAUCUUUUUCCAUCAAUGUGACCGAGUUGCUAGAUCCGGAUUUUGGUCUAUAUGUCUGGCCGUCUGCGCUCGUUCUUGCAGAAUUCAUUGCAUAUCGUCUGGAUAUCUUUAAUAAUUCUCGAACACAGCCUUUGAUCAUCCUGGAGAUAGGUGCAGGAACUGCUCUGCCAUCACUGUUACUUGCAAAAGCGACCGAUCAUACUUUUGUGAUUGUGACAGACAGACCUGGAGAACCUCGUAUCUUGGAAAACAUUCGUGAAGCAUUCAUCGACAAUGGUAUUAAAACAUUCUAUCCCAAAGACCCCACAUCUCGCGUCAUGGUUCGAGGACUUGGUUGGGGCGAUUUUUCGCAGGCAGCGAGUGGACAUGAGGAUGAUGGCGGGCUAUUGCGGUUGCUGGAAGACCUUGAAACCCGCCACAUUGAUGUGAUUCUCGGUAGCGACCUCUUUUAUGAUCCUUCAGAUUUUGACUCACUGAUGGCGACAGUGUCCUAUAUCAUCAAUCGACGUAAUCCAGAGUGUAUAUUUUUAACAACAUAUCAGGACAGAAGCGCCAAACGAAAUAUCGAUCCUUUGCUUCAGAAAUGGGGGCUAGAGGGACGGAUCAUUCCAUGGCAAGAUUUUGAGCUUGAUAUGAUUAAAUUCCUUGCUGAGAAUGAAUCAGGAGAAGACGAAUCAGAGGAGUGUUCAUCUUCACCUUCACCUUCAUCUUCACCUUCACCUUCACCGUCAUCAUUACCAUCAGCAGAGAAGCUGAUUCGCUGCUAUGCGGAAGCAGAAGCGGAAGUAGAAGGAAUAUCAGGUGAUAGAAAAAGUAGUUAUCAACAGCCUGUGUGCCUUAAGCAACAACAAACAUAUGCAGUUAGUGUUAUGGACAAGAGUGAGGAUGCCAAAUGGCUUCGUUUAGCCAAAGAAGAGGUUGAACGCGCUUUGAGUGAUACAGGGUCACAUGGAUGUACCCAAAAAAGGCUCCCAUUGGUAGAUUAUUCCUCAGAGACCAGUUCUGAGGAUGACGUAGGCACUGAGGAUGAAGAUGGUACAAAGAGCAGAAAGGAGGAUUCUAUAUUUCAGUCCUCUAAUAGAGAGGGAAAGCUACAAAUGCGUACGCAAAAAGGCUACAGACUUGGGGAUUAUGGAGCGAUUAGCAGCGUACAUCUUCUCUGGAUCUGUAAGCAAGGCUAUGGUGAUCGUUUUGAGCUGUGGACAAGGAAAUCUAUGAAGUAGAGCACAUAGUAGCAAACGCUACUCUAGAUUACUAGCAAAGAUGCUUGUGUGCUGUGAUUGGAUGCGUGCGUAUAAAAUGCGUAUAGGGAAAUUAAGUAAUGUUUAGUAUAUACAUUGGAU